AUGGGUAGUAGUUACAUACCGGUGGAUGAUUACGAUUACUUGUUCAAAGUAGUCCUGCUUGGUGAUUCCGGUGUUGGGAAAACCAAUUUGUUGUCGAGGGUCGCAAGAAACGAGUUUAGUCACAAGUCAAAACCAACCAUUGGCGUCGCAUUCACAUGUCGUAGCAUUCAAGUCGAUGAUGAAGUCGCAAAGGCCCAAAUUUGGGACACCAGUGGCGUGGAACGAUACCGGGGAAUUACUAGUGCAUACUACCGAGGUACAUGCGGCGUGUUACUUGUCUAUGAUGUAACACGCCAUGAGACCUUUGAGAACGUGACAAAAUAUUGGCUAAAGGAGGUUCGUGACCAUGCGGAUUCGAGCAUUGUCAUCAUGCUUGUAGGAAAUAAAGCCGAUCUAAGCCAUCUACGCGAUGUAACAACUGAAGAUGCCAAAGCAUUUGCUGCUGAAAAAGAAAACAUUUAUUUUAUGGAAACAUCCGCACUCGAAUCAACGAAUGUUGUAAACGCGUUCACAGAACUUGUUACUAAAAUCUGCCACAAUAGGAUUGUUCGCCCAAAGGGACAGAUGAUUAAUAUUUUUAGCAAGGAUGGUGUGUUAGCAUUAAUGAAGAAAGCAGGCUGUUGUUUGACUUAG